GGAGGUUGUAGGAGAAAGAAUCGCUCGCUUGUCUAGUACGGAAUCUCAAGAUGGCGUCGAGUGGAGGAGAUGGAGAACCGGACUGGGCUGCUGAUGUACGGCCGCUUUUAUCCGCUUCGUACACAGCUUUUGAAACGAAAGAGCUACCUCAGCUUAUAGGAUCCAUAAUAAACAGUGAAUCUGAGAUCCUACACCAUGAUAAACAGUAUGAGCCGUUCUACUCGUCCUUCGUGGCGCUCUCUGCUCAUUACAUCACCACAGUCUGUGGACAAAUCCCCAGAAACCAGUUGCUGUCAGUAGCAGCAGCAUGUAAAGUAUUGAUUGAGUUCUCGCUGCUGCGGCUGGAGAACCCUGACGAAGCAUGCGCAGUCUCACAGAAACACCUGAUCCUCUUGAUAAAGGGGUUGUGUACCGGCUGCAGCCGCCUGGACAGAACAGAGAUCAUCACCUUCACAGCCAUGAUGAAGUCGGCCAAACUUCCCCAGACCGUCAAGACACUCUCCGACGUGGAGGACCAGAAGGAGGUGCUGUCUCCAGUGAACCCCGAGCUGCGACACAAGGAAGUACAGAUGAAUUUCUUCAAUCAGCUGACCUCUGUGUUCAACCCUGACCUCACCGUGCUGGCCUCUCCCUCAGGACGCACACAGGCGGAGAGUGAGAGUGAGGACCAGGCGACGACAGACCAGACCUUCCAGGCCAAAAUGAAGAAUGCCUUCGUGUCCCAGAACGUGUCCAGUCUCCAGGAACUGGGCGGGUCGGAGAAGUUGCUGCGCGUCUGCCUCAACCUCCCUUACUUCCUGCGCUAUAUCAACCGGUUCCAGGACGCAGUCUCAGCCAACUCCUUCUUCAUCAUGCCCGCCACCGUCGGAGACGCAACUGCUGUCCGCAACGGGUUUCACUCCCUUGUGAUAGAUGUGACCAUGGCCCUGGACACCUUGUCCUUGCCUGUCCUGGAGCCCCUGACUCCUGGGAGACUUCUGGACAUGACUGUGCUUGCACUUAGCUGCCUCUACGCAGGUGUGAGCGUUGCCACGUGCAUGGCCAUCCUGCAGGUGGGCAGUGGCCUGCAGCUUCGCACAGCCUCCACCAGCUCCAAAGAGGAGGACUAUGAAAAUGACGCUGCUACCAUCGUACAGAAAUGUCUGGACAUCUACGAAAUGAUUGGCCAGGCCAUCAGCAGCUCCCGCAGAGCCGGAGGAGAGCAUUACCAGAACUUCCAGCUGCUGGGAGCUUGGUGUCUGCUGAACAGCCUCUACCUGAUCCUGAACCUGAGUCCCACGGCCCUGGCUGACAAGGGCAAAGAGAAGGACCCUCUGGCCGCUCUCAGGGUCCGAGACAUCGCCGCCCGCACCAAGGACGGAGCUGGCUCCCCUAAACUGGGCCCUGCCAAAGGACAUCAAGGCUUUGGCGUCCUGUCAGUGAUCCUGGCUAACCACUCCAUCAAGCUGCUCACCUCUCUUUUCCAAGACCUGCAGGUGGAGGCUCUGCACCGGGUCAGUGCAGGUUGGGCCAGUGACGGGCCCCCAGCAGAGCUCAACAUCAUGGCGCAGAACACCUCCACCCAGAGGGUACAGAGACUCCUGGACUCAGUUCCCCUUACCAACCUGCUCUUCAACCUGCUGUCCACCUCAUAUAAGAAGGCCUGUGUCCUGCAGCGCCAGAGGAAAGGCUCGGUUAGCAGUGAUGCCAGUGCCUCAACAGACUCCAACACCUACUACGAAGACGACUUCAGCAGCACAGAGGAAGACAGCAGCCAAGAUGACGACAGCGAGCCCAUCUUGGGUCUGUGGUUCGAGGAGACCAUCUCGCCAACUAAAGACAAGGUGGCCCCCCCACCGCCUCCCCCACCCCCGCCCCUGGAGACCUCUCCCAGACUGAAGAGCCCCUCCAAGCAGAACGCAGGAGAGAACGGAAACAUCCUGGCCGGACGCAAGGACCCCGAGCUGUUCCUGAGCCUGGCCUCCAGCAUUCUGAACUUCAUCACCACCUCCAUGUUGAAGUCCAGGAACAACUUUAUCAGGAACUACCUGUCUGUCUCCCUGACAGAGCAGCACAUGGCCACGCUGGCCAGCAUCAUCAAGGACGUCGACAAAGACGUCAAAGGUUCCUCAGAUGAAGAGUUUGCCUCGGCUCUGUAUCUCUUCAACCAUACCCUGGUGACGUCGGACCUACCCUCUCCAGCCCUGCAGAAUACCCUGCUGCAGCAGUUGGGCGUAGCUCCGUUCUCUGAGGGUCCGUGGCCCCUGUACAUCAACCCCCAGUCCCUGUCGGUGCUCUCCAGAGUCCUGCUCAUCUGGCAGCACAAGGCCUCUCUGCAGGGAGACCCCGACGUACCUGAGUGUAUCACGAUCUGGGAGAGGUUUGUGGGCACCUUGAAACAGCACACCAUCCAGGGCUCCGUCCCCGGUGAUGAGGACCUGAACGUGGAGCACCUCCAGCUCCUGCUGCUCCUCUUCCAUAACCUGUCUGAGAGGGGGAGGCGCGCUGUGCUCACCCUGGUCACCCAGGCCAUCACAGAGGUGGCGGGUCCCCAGCAUCAAGAGGCCCAGCUCAGAGCCGUACCCCUCAACCUGGCCCGCAUGCUGCUGGUGCUAGACUAUCUGUUGCACCAGUACUCUAAGGUCCCCAUGUACCUCUUCCAACAGGUCCAGUACAAUCUGCUGACCCCACCGUGGUCAGGCCAGGGUUCCGUCCAGGACGGGUCCAAACGCAGCGCCCUGCCGCUCUACUGCGGAUUUAAAGAGGUGGAGGAUAACUGGUCCAAGCACUGCUCGGCAGGUAGGAAUUCCACAGUAGUGCAGCCCAAAUUCUACUGCGUCCUGUCACCUGAAGCGUCAGAGGACGACCGAAGCCGACUCGACAGCAAGGUGUUCCAGAAGCUGUUCAACGGAGCGGUGAAGUAUAACGAGCUUUACGCCUGUCUGGUCUCCCUGCUCUCUGCCGGCUCUCAGUUUGACACAGCCAGGAGACAGGAGAACAAACCCAUCACACCUGUGGAGGCUUGCUCCCUGCAGUACUACUUCCUGGUGCUGUGGAGGAUCCUGGGGGUCCUACCCCCCUCUAAGGCCUACAUGGAGCAGCUGAAGGAUGGCCAAGGAGAACCCAGCGAGAGUGACAUCCUCCACACCCUGCGCUGGUCCUCGCGACUCAGAGUUCCCACAUAUGUCAACUGGAUCAAGGAGCACCUGGUGACUCAGGGGAUGAAGGCAGACCAAGCGACGUCUCUGAUCGAGUUGGCUUCCUCCAGGUGCAGCACCGUCAAGUACGACGUGGAGCUGGCCGAAGACUACAUCGCUAGACAGAUCUCAGCGUUCUCCUGCGUGGACCCCAGCUCCAUCCUGCCUUUGCAUCAGGUCCCCUCCCUACAGGCCAUCUAUACUCUGGACGCCGUCAUCUCCAAGGUCCAGGUGUCCCUGGACGAACAUUUCUCUAAGGUGGCGGCAGAGACAGACCCUCUCAAGCCCUCAGAGAUCACCAAAAACCUGCUGCCUGCUACACUGCAGCUCAUAGACGUGUACACAGCUUUCACCAGGUCCUACCUUCUGAUGAGCCUACCAGAGGAAGGAGAGAACAAGCUAUCAGAGGCUAAACUCCAGGGUUACGCUGCAGUGCUGUCUAUAGGCUCAAUGCGCUGCAAAGCCAACCUGCUCGGUCAGAAUGUGAUGCAGAACCUGCCGUCGGCCGUCCAGACGCUGUGUGAGACCUGGAACAAUAUUCACACCAACGAGUUCCCCAACAUCGGCUCAUGGCGUAAUGCGUUUGCCAACGACACCAUCCCGUCCGAGAGCUACAUCAGUGCCAUCCAGACGGCUCAUCUGGGCACGCUCAGUAACCAGUCCCUGGCCCUCGCCUCCUCUCUCAAACACAUCCUCCUCUCCCUGGUGCGCCUCACCGGAGACCUCAUUUCGCACACCUCAUGUUGCCAAGCUGUCUCUCUCUCUCUCUCUCUCUCUCUCGUUCAGGACUGCCACGUGCUAACGUUCAGUAGUACAGGUUCAGUAUCAGAACACCUGGUGUUGCACCCUCAGCUGGCUACGGGAAACUUCAUUAUCAAGGCCAUCUGGCUGCCUGGCUCCCAGACGGAGCUGGCCAUCAUCACGGCUGACUUCGUCAAGAUCUAUGACCUGUCAGUGGAUGCGCUGAGCCCCGUCUACUACUUCCUGCUGCCGAGCUCCAAGAUCCGUGACGCCACCUUCCUGUUCAACGAGGAAGGGAAGAGCAUCAUCGUCAUCAUGUCCUCUGCUGGCUACAUGUACACACAGGUCAUGGACGAGUCGUCCAGCGCCCAACACGGACCCUUCUAUGUUACCUCAGUCCUGGAGAUCAGCCACCAGGACCUUAAGGACAGUAACGGGCAGGUUGCUGGCGGCGGUGUAUCGGUGUACUACAGCCACGUUCUCCAGAUGCUGUUCUUCAGCUACAGCCAGGGCAAGUCGUUUGCUGCCACCGUCAGCCGCAGCACCAUCGACGUACAGAGACUCUUCACCAUCAACGUCAAAGGCUCUAAUGGUGGCAGUAAGGCGUCUCCCGCUCUGUGCCAGUGGUCUGAGGUGAUGAACCACCCAGGCCUGGUGUGCUGCGUCCAGCAGACUACUGGUAUUCCUCUGGUCAUCAUGGUCAAACCUGACACCUUCCUCAUCCAGGAGAUCAAGACCCUACCCGCUAAAGCUAAGAUCCAGGACAUGGUAGCUAUCCGUCACACAGCGUCUAACGAGCAGCAGCGUACCACGAUGAUCCUGCUGUGCGAGGACGGCUCUCUGAGGAUCUACAUGGCUAACGUAGACAACACCUCCUAUUGGCUCCAGCCCUCCCUGCAGCCCUGCUCCGGCAUCUCCAUCAUGAAGCCUGUCAGGAAACGCAAGGCUGCUGCUGCCACCACUCGUACCUCCAGUCAGGUGACGUUCCCGGUGGACUUCUUCGAGAACAACCAGCAGCUGACGGAGGUGGAGUUUGGCGGCAACGACCUCCUGCAGGUUUACAACGGACACCAGAUCAAACACAGACUCAACUCCACUGGGAUGUAUGUAGCCAACACUAAGCCGGGAGGCUUCACAGUAGAGACGGUCAACAACAACGUCUCCAUGGUGAUGACAGGCAUGCGGGUGCAGGUGGGCACACAGGCCAUCGAGCGGGCACCUUCUUACCUGGAGAUCUUUGGGCGAACCAUGCAGAUGAACAUGACCCGGCCACGCUGGUUCGACUUCCCCUUCACCAGGGAGGAGGCUCUGCAGGCGGACAAGAAACUCUCCCUCUUCUUCGGAGCGUCAGUGGACCCGGCGGGCGUCACAAUGCUGGACUCUAUAAAGAUCUAUGGUAAAACCAAGGAGCAGUUUGGCUGGCCUGACGAGCCCCCCGAGGACUUCCCCUCCGCCUCCGUCAACAACGUGUGCUCUCCCAACCUCAACACCGGCAACGGCACCGGGGAAGGGGACAUCGCCGCACCAGCCUCCACCGGCGGCACCGUGCUGGAGAGGUUGGUGGUGAGCUCUCUGGAAGCACUGGAGAGCUGUUUCGCUAUGGGCUCCUCCAACGAAAAGGAGAAGAACAAGGCUGCAGCCCUGGAGCUAGCCACCCUCCUCCUGUCCAUGGCUACUCCCUCUGGGGUCCAGCAGCAGACCAAGGGCCUCCUGGCCAGCCUGCACACCAGCCGUACCGCCUACCACAACCACAAGGACCAGUCCCUGUUGAGCAACGCCGUGCAGUGUCUGAACAGCUGUAGUCGUGACAGCAGAGACCUGGACCCAGAGUUGUUCCAGCGACUGGUCAUCACGGCACGCUGCAUCGCCAUCAUGAGACCCAGUAACCUGGUGCACUUCACUGAGACCAAACCCUCUAGUGUUGAUACAGAGAUGACUGAGGAGGGCCAGAAACAGAUGGACAGCGAGGGAUGUAACUUCAUCAUGCAGCUGGUCAAUAACUUCUGGAAGCUCCAUGCCCUCAAACCAAAGAAUGCUUUCCUGGCUCCUGCCUGUCUGCCAGGUCUGACCCACAUUGAAGCUACAGUAAACGCAUUGGUGGACAUCAUCCAUGGGUUCUGCACCUGUGAGCUGGACUACAUUAACGUGGCCUCCAAGAUCUACAUGCAGAUGCUACUGUGUCCCGACACGUCUGUUAGCUUCGCCUGUAAGCAGGCCCUGAUCCGAGUGCUCCGACCCAGGAACAAACGCCGUCACGUGACUCUUCCGUCUCCCCCUCGCUCCAACACACCCAUGGGAGACAAAGACGAUGAUGAUGAGGAUGAUGUUGAUGACAAGAUGCAGCCGUUGGGGCUGACGGGAGGAGAGGGGGGCAGGCAGGAGAGUCAGGAGCAGGGUGAAGUCGACCAUGGCGACUUUGAGAUGGUGUCUGAGUCCAUGGUUCUGGAGACAGCGGAGAAUGUGAACAAUGGGAACCCGUCUCCCCUGGAGGCUCUUCUGGCCGGGGCCGAGGGCUUCCCCCCGAUGCUGGACAUCCCUCCAGACGCGGACGACGAGACCAUGGUGGAGCUAGCCAUCGCACUGAGUCUCCAGCAAGACCAGCAAGGCAGCAGCAGCAGUGCCCUAGGUCUCCAGUCUCUCGGCCUAUCAGGUCAGGCUCCCAGCUCUUCUUCUCUGGAUGCAGGCACCCUGUCAGACACCACCGCAUCAGCCCCAGCAUCAGACGACGAGGGCAGUACGGCCGCCACGGACGGUUCUACGCUACGGACCUCUCCGGCCGAGCACGGGGGCAGUGUGGGGUCCGAGAGUGGGGGGUCUGCCAUCGACUCAGUGGCAGGAGAACACAGUGUGUCAGGCCGCAGCAGUGCGUACGGGGACACAACCGUCGAGGGCCACCCAGCAGGACCAGGUAGUGUGAGCUCCAGCACAGGUGCCAUCAGCACCACCACAGCCCAGCAAGAGGGCGAUGGAUCGGACGGAGACGCAGAGACAGAGGGGGACAUCCACACCAGCAACAGACUCCACAUGGUGCGUCUGAUGCUGCUGGAGCGACUCCUACAGCACCUGCCCCAGCUGGACAGUGUAGGAGGAGUCCACGCUAUCCCCUACAUGCAGGUGGUCCUGAUGCUGACCUCUGACCUGGAUGGAGAAGAUGACAAGGACAAGGGAGCCCUGGACGACCUGCUGGCUCUACUCAUCGCCGAGCUGGGCAUGCACAAGAAGGACGUGUCCAAGAAGAAUGAGCGCAGCCCCAUCAACGAGGUCCAUCUGGUCAUCAUGAGAUUGCUCUCUGUGUUCAUGUCCAGAACCAAGUCUGGAUCUAAGUCUUCCUCUGAGUCGUCCUCUCUGAUCUCCAACGCCACGGCCACAGCCCUGCUCAGUCAGGGGGCGAUAGACUACUGUCUCCACGUCCUCAAGUCUCUGCUGGAGUUCUGGAAGAGCCAGCAGGAAGAGGAGGAGUCUGUGGCAGCCUCCCAGCUCCUCAAACCUCACACCUCCUCCUCUCCUCCAGACAUGAGCCCCUUCUUCCUGAGGCAGUACGUCAAGGGUCAUGCUGCUGAUGUGUUUGAGGCCUACUCCCAACUUCUGACUGAGAUGGUUCUGAGAUUACCUUAUCAGAUCAAGAAGAUCGCUGACACCAACCCCCGCAUCCCGCCUCCCGUCUUCGACCACUCCUGGUUCUACUUCCUGUCUGAGUACCUGAUGAUUCAACAGACGCCCUUCGUGAGACGCCAGGUCAGGAAGCUGCUCCUGUUCAUCUGUGGUUCUAAGGAGAAGUACCGUCAGCUCCGGGACCUGCACACGCUGGACUCUCACGUCCGCGGCAUCAAGAAACUCCUGGAAGAACAGGGCAUCUUCCUCCGCGCCGGCGUCGUCACGGCGACCUCCGGCUCCGCCCUGCAGUACGACACGCUCAUUAGUCUGAUGGAGCACCUGAAGGCCUGUGCUGAGAUAGCCACUCAGAGGACCAUCAACUGGCAGAAGUUCUGUAUGAAGGAUGACUCCAUACUGUACUUUCUACUGCAGGUCAGCUUCCUGGUAGAUGAGGGAGUGUCUCCGGUGCUCCUCCAGCUGCUAUCCUGUGCUCUGUGUGGCAGCAAGGUCCUGGCUUCCUCUUCCUCCUCCUCUUCCUCCGGAGGAGGGUCUGGGGGCACUGGGACUCAGUCCUCUCAGAGCAAGUCCUCAAGCAAGAAGAGCAAGAAGGAGGACAAGGAGAAAGACAAAGAAGGUGACGGUGUGGGUAGCCAGGAGGACCAGCUGUGUACUGCUCUGGUCUCUCAGCUCAACAAGUUUGCCGACAAAGAGACUCUCAUCCAGUUCCUCCGCUGCUUCCUGCUCGAGUCCAACUCCUCUGCCGUGCGCUGGCAAGCCCACUGUCUCGCACUGCAUAUCUACAGAAACUCCAGUAAGUCUCAGCAGGAGCUGUUGUUGGACCUGACCUGGGCCAUCUGGCCAGAGCUGCCCGCCUACGGACGCAAGGCCGCUCAGUUUGUAGACCUGCUCGGCUACUUUUCCCUGAAGACCCCCCAGACUGAGAAGAAGUUAAAGGAGUAUUCCCAGAAAGCUGUGGAAAUCCUGAGGACCCAGAACCACAUCCUGACCACCCAUCCCAACUCUAACAUCUACAGUACCCUGUCAGGCCUGGUGGAGUUUGAUGGUUUCUACCUGGAGAGUGAUCCCUGUCUGGUGUGCAACAACCCUGAAGUGCCCUUCUCUAACAUCAAGCUGUCGUCCAUUAAGGUGGACACUAGAUACACUACUACCCAGCAGGUAGUGAAGCUGAUCAGUAGCCACACCAUCAGUAAGGUGACGGUGAAGAUAGGAGACCUGAAGAGAACCAAGAUGGUCCGGACCAUCAGCCUCUACUACAACAACAGGACCGUACAGGCCAUCGUAGAACUCAAGAACAAACCUGCCCGUUGGCACAAGGCCAAGAAGGUCCAACUGACUCCAGGUCAGACAGAGGUCAAAAUCGACCUGCCGCUGCCUAUCGUGGCGUCCAACCUCAUGAUCGAGUUCUCCGACUUCUACGAGAACUACCAGGCCUCCAGCGAGACGCUCCAGUGUCCGCGAUGCUCUGCCUCCGUGCCCGCCAACCCUGGCGUCUGUGGAAACUGUGGAGAAAACGUCUACCAGUGCCACAAGUGCAGGUCCAUUAAUUAUGAUGAGAAGGAUCCCUUUCUGUGCAACGCCUGUGGUUUCUGUAAAUACGCCCGCUUUGACUUCAUGUUGUACACCAAGCCCUGCUGUGCUGUGGACCCAAUCGAGACCGAGGAGGACAGGAAGAAGGCGGUGACCAACAUCAACACGCUGCUGGACAAGGCUGACCGCGUGUACCACCAGCUGAUGGGACACAGACCCCAGCUGGAGAGUCUGUUGUCCAAGGUCAACGAGGCAGCACCUGAGAAACCACAGGAUGAUUCUGGAGCAGGGGCGGGGCUUGGAGCGUCCUCGGCCAAUGUGAACAGGUACAUCCAGCAGCUGGCUCAGGAGUACAGCGGAGACUGUAAGACGUCCUUUGACGAGCUCUCCAAGAUCAUACAGAAAGUCCUGGCGUCCCGUAAAGAACUCCUGGAGUACGACCUGCAGCAGCGUGAAGCCGCCACGAAGUCCUCUCGCUCCAGCUCCCAUCAGCCCACCUUCACAGCCAGCCAAUACAGAGCCCUCUCUGUGUUAGGCUGCGGACACACCUCCUCCAACAAGUGUUAUGGCUGUGCCUCGGCCGUGACGGGUCAUUGUAUCACCCUGCUAAGGGCCCUGGCCACCAACCCAGCCCUCCGGCAGAUCCUUGGGCUCCAGGGGCUCAUCAGAGAGCUGUUUGAGUACAACCUGAGAAGAGGUACCGCUGCCAUGAGGGAGGAGGUCAGACAACUGGUUUGCCUGCUCACCAGAGACCAGCCAGAGGCCACUCAGCAGAUGAAUGACCUGAUCAUUCACAAGGUGUCCGCUGCUCUGAAGGGCCACUGGGCCAAUCCUGACCUGGUCUCCAGUCUGCAGUAUGAGAUGCUACUGCUCACCGACUCCAUCUCCAAGGAGGGGGGCUGCUGGGAGCUACGACUGCGAUGUGCCCUGAGUUUGUUCCUGAUGGCCGUGAACAUCAAGACCCCUGUAGUGGUGGAGAACAUUACUCUGAUGUGUCUCAGGAUCCUACAGAAACUCAUCAAGCCUCCUGCCCCCACCUCCAAGAAGAACAAGGAUUCUGCUGUGGAGUGUCUGACUACAGUGAAGCCCUACUGCAAUGAGAUCCAUGCUCAGGCCCAGCUCUGGCUCAAGAAGGACCCCAAAGCAUCUUAUGAAGCCUGGAAAAAGUGCCUUCCAGCAAGAUGCCAGGAGACUGCAGCUAAGCCCCAGAACAAGGCUGAGGUGCGGAGACGCUACCUGAUGGAGAAGUACGGGUGGAAGUGGAAACAGUUCAUGAGGUCACGCUCCGAGGGUCUGUUCCCCAGGCUCCUCAAACUGGGACACAACAACUGGCUCAGACAGGUGCUGUUCACCCCAGCCACCCAGGCAGCGCGGCAGGCAGCCUGUACCAUCGUUGAGGCCCUCACCUCCAUCCCCAGCCGCAAGCAGCAGGUGUUGGACCUGCUUACCAGUUACCUGGACGAGUUGAGCAUCGCGGGGGAAUGUGCAGCAGAGUAUCUUGCUCUGUACCAGAAGCUCAUCAAGCCUCCUCAAUGGAAGGUGUACCUGGCCGCCCGAGGAGUCCUGCCCUACAUCGGCAACCUCAUCACCAAGGAAAUAGCCAACCUGUUGGCUCUGGAAGAGGCCACUCUCAGUACAGACCUGCAGCAGGGAUAUGCCCUCAAGAGCUUGACUGGCCUACUGUCAUCCUUUGUGGAGGUGGAGUCCAUCAAGCGCCACUUUAAGAGUCGUCUGGUGGGCACGGUGCUGAACGGCUACCUGUGUCUCAGGAAACUAGUGGUGCAGAGGACCAAGCUCAUCGACGAGACCCAGGACAUGCUGCUGGAGAUGCUGGAGGACAUGACCACAGGGACCGAGUCUGAGACCAAGGCAUUCAUGGCAGUGUGUAUUGAGACAGCCAAGAGGUACAACCUGGAUGACUACAGAACACCGGUGUUUAUCUUUGAGAGACUCUGCAGCAUCAUCUACCCAGAGGAAAAUGAGGUGACAGAGUUCUUUGUUACCCUGGAGAAGGAUCCUCAGCAGGAGGACUUCCUGCAGGGCCGUAUGCCUGGUAAUCCGUACAGCAGCAACGAGCCAGGUAUCGGACCCCUGAUGAGGGACAUCAAGAACAAGAUCUGUCAGGACUGUGACCUGGUGGCCCUGCUCGAGGACGACAGUGGCAUGGAGCUUCUGGUGAACAAUAAGAUCAUAAGUUUGGACCUGCCUGUGGCCGAGGUUUACAAGAAGGUGUGGUGCCCUACCAACGAGGGAGAGCCCAUGAGGAUCAUAUAUCGUAUGAGGGGUCUCCUUGGAGACGCUACUGAAGAGUUCAUUGAGUCUCUGGACUCUACCACAGAUGAAGAGGAGGAUGAGGAGGAGGUGUAUAAGAUGGCAGGAGUGAUGGCUCAGUGUGGUGGGCUGGAGUGUAUGCUCAGCAGACUGUCUGGCAUCAGGGACUUCAAACAGGGAAGACACUUGCUCACUGUGCUGCUGAAGCUGUUCAGUUACUGUGUAAAGGUGAAGAUCAACAGACAACAGCUGGUCAAACCAGACAUGAACACGCUCAACGUCAUGCUGGGCACACUCAACCUGGCGUUGGUUGCGGAGCAGGAGAGUAAGGACAGUGGAGGAGCGUCCAUAGCAGAGCAGGUCCUCAGCAUCAUGGAGAUCAUUCUGGAUGAGGCCAACGCUGAGAUCUCAGAGGACAAGGGUAACCUGCUGUUAACAGGGGACAAGGACCAGCUGGUGAUGCUGCUGGACCAGAUCAACACCCCGUUUGUCCGUUCCAACCCCAGUGUUCUGCAGGGUCUCCUACGUAUCAUACCGUACCUGUCCUUUGGAGAACUGGAGAAGAUGAGGAUCCUAGUGGAGAGAUUUAAACCAUGUUGCAGCUUCGACAAGUACGACGAGGAGCACAGUGCCGAUGAUAAGGUCUUCAUCGACUGCUUCUGUAAGAUCGCGGCUGGCAUCAAGAACAACAACAACGGACACCAACUCAAAGACCUGAUCCUGCAGAAAGGCAUCACACAGAGCGCUCUGGGCUAUAUGAAGAAACACAUCCCCAACGCCAAAAAUCUGGAUGCUGACGUGUGGAAGAAGUUCCUGUCUCGUCCAGCUCUACCCUUCAUCCUCAGACUGCUCCGAGGCCUGGCCACCCAGCACCCACCUACACAGAUGCUAAUCGGGACAGAUUCCAUCACUAACCUUCACAAGCUGGAGCAGGUGUCUAGUGACGAGGGUAUUGGGACGCUGGCAGAGAACCUUCUGGAGGCGCUGAGGGAGCACGCUGAGGUCAACCUGAAGAUAGACGCCGCUCGCAGGGAGACACGGGCCGAGAAGAAACGCAUGGCAAUGGCCAUGAGACAGAAAGCUCUGGGGACACUGGGCAUGACGACCAAUGAGAAGGGCCAGGUGGUGACCAAGACGUCGUUGUUGAAGCAGAUGGAGGAGCUGAUAGAGGAGCCAGGACUGACCUGCUGCAUCUGUAGAGAGGGAUACAAGUUCCAGCCGACCAAGGUGCUGGGGAUCUACACCUUCACCAAGCGAGUGGCCCUGGAGGACUUUGAGAUCAAGCCCCGCAAGCAGCAGGGAUACAGCACUGUCUCGCACUUUAACAUAGUCCACUACGACUGCCACCUCGCAGCUGUCAGGCUUGCUCGCGGGCGGGAGGAGUGGGAGAGUGCUGCGCUGCAGAAUGCCAACACCAAGUGCAAUGGACUGCUUCCUGUCUGGGGGCCUCACGUCCCGGAAUCGGCUUUCGCCACCUGCCUGGCCAGGCACAACACAUAUCUGCAGGAGUGUACGGGGCAGAGAGAGCCCACCUACCAGAUGAACAUCCACGACACCAAGCUCCUCUUCCUGCGUUUCGCCACGGAGCAGUCCUUCAGCGUGGAUACGGGAGGGGGAGGACGAGAGAGCAACAUCCACCUCAUCCCUUACAUCAUCCACACCGUGCUCUACGUCGUCAACACUACGCGUGCUACUAGUCGUGAGGAGAAGAGCCUGCAGUGUUUCCUGGAGCAGCCGUGUGAGAAGUGGGUGGAGAGCAGCUAUGAUGUUGACGGUCCCCACUACUACACAGUGUUGGCCAUGCACAUCCAGUCUCCUGAACGCUGGAGGAGCACACGACUCGCCUUCCUACGCAGGCUCCUCGUCUCUGUGCACGCACGCAAGGUCUCCGCCGUCUUCACCAACAAACUCUCAGAUAAACAGUCCAAGGAAUAUGCAGUGUACCGCUCUCCUCUCCUCUUCUGGGGUCUUGUGGAACUCAUCUACGACAUGUUCAGGAAAGUACCCACCAGCAACACAGAGGGAGGCUGGUCCUUCUCGCUGGCAGAGUACGUGCGGCACAAUGACAUGCCCAUCUACGAGGCCUCGGAGCGCGUGCUCAAGGCCUACCAGGAAGAACUCAUGCCCGCCGAAUCCUUCUCUGAGUUCCUGGAUGUCGUAGGACUUCUCUCUGACAUUCCGGACCCAGACUUCUUCCUGCAAGACCUGUUGAACUCUGUUCCCUGAUGGUAUUCAGUACCACCCUGCCCCCGAGACAAGAGCCCCACGUUGGGACGAGGGCCCACACAUUUGGUCCUGCUAACGACACCUCCAUGGGACAACUCUCAACCGGAAAACCCUCGCUUCCCAACUUCUCCCUAGCUUUCUGUCACACACACACGCGCGCACGCCGUAACAGAGACACACACACACACGCCGUAACAGAGACACACACACGCCGUAACAGAGACACACACACGCGCGCACGCCGUAACAGAGACACACACACACACGCCGUAACUGAGACACACACACACACACACG